CUUUUUAAUAGGUAGUAACAAGUGACAUUUUUUUGGUUUCAGUCCAGAUCCUGAUUCUUUCUGCAAGUUACUUCUUUAGCUCUGCCCCCCUCCUUGACCUCUUUCAUCCUCAAUCUCCUCCAAUUAGACAGCGAGAAGAGACGUGUGUGCAUGUGUUGGGGGGUAAGAGCCCCGGCCGGGCAGACGGCUGUGCUCUUUAAACGCCUUUCUUAGGUCUCACAAUAUGGUGCUUGCCACUUAACUCUACAGAUGGAAUUGAACGUAAUUAUCGGAUUAGUGUCCUGGUCCUUGGAACCUGACAAUAUUUACUGUACUCCAGCGAUGGUGCCGUGCUUUGGUGCUCUGUUGAUUCUGAGUGGGACUUAAAAGUACGACUGGCAAUUUUGUUGUUUUUUUGGUGGGGGUGAAACUGCACAUUUAUUUUUUUGGAGAGCACGGCAAAGUGGAUCCAGCAAUUGUACGAAAACAAAGCAGGCUUCUUCCCGCUCACACAGGCCAAGACCUGCUGCGUUUCUGUUAUGUCUGUCUCCUCUCUUCCGGAAUGGAAGCAACUCCUCUUGGAGAGAAAGAGGCGAGAGGAAGAGGAACGAGAAAGGCGAGAAAAAGAAGAAGAGCAAAAGUUUGCCGACAUGCCUGCCUGGAAGCGUGGGAUUAUUCAGCGGAGGAAAGCAAAGCAGGAAAAAGAUAUGCCCGUCCUGCCGUUGGAUGCUCAACCAUCUUCGGAUCUACUGAGCGACACGGAGACCUCCGCCCAUGUCAAUCAGAGAAAUGAACUCAGUCCAGAGCCGAGCCAAUGGAUGGACGGAGACCCGAAAUUAGUGAGUCAGGUCUCUGUGGAAACCAUAGUUCCGCUCCAUGAAAACCCGUUUAUACUCACGCAGAGUAUGUGGAGGAGGAGCAAGGAAGGGGAUGGAGGAUACCAGGAGAGGGGCAGUGACUCGGAGGUCAAAGAAAAGGACAAACUGACCCCUAGGGGUCACGAUGGGGAGACGGGGAGAGGAAGAAAAAUAGAACAGAAAAUAGAGAGAUUUCGAGAUUUGAGUGAAGGAAGAGACAAGGAGAGGAGCAGAGAUAGGAGUCAAGGGAGAGACAAUAGCAAGGAGAUUUGGAAAGAAUCAGUCAAAGAUGGAGCCAAGGAGAAGGAAGAAAACGAACGAGAUCCAGCAAAUUCAUUUUCCCCGAUGGUCCCUUGUCUUCGAACGAUCCGCGCGGACAAUAUCAUCAUCAUUGAACAGAAUCGGAGAGGCAGUGAUGAAAUCAGAACAAAAUGGCGGGAGUUGGAGGUGGAGCAGCCUGAGGAGGACUCGCAAGGAAAGAGAGGGAUGAAGAUGGACCUCAGGGAGAUCCUGGCAGGGGGUGCCAGUGUGACAGAGAUCCGAGCUUCUGAUGUUCUAAUCAUAAAGCCCACAACUGGCGUGGAGGAACGCUCUGCGGGAGGGGGAGGAGCCAACCCCAAUGAAAGACCAAGCGGCCCAGAAACAGUCAUGAAGGACAGCUUGGAUGACAACGUGUUUUCUGAACGCGGUGGGAGGGUUAGCCAGCUGCUCAGUAAAUUCGGGGAGCUCCGUAAACCUCCAUCCAGAUCCAAAAGUUCCGAUAAUUUCCUUAGGCCCGGUAGGAGGAAAAAUUCACAGGAAAACAAUGAACAAACAUCUGGCGUGUCCCUCAAAGGUGUGCCCAAACGUUCAUUUAGCUUCUCCGAUAGGGUCGUGUGCGCUAAAGAAAAUGGUUUGGAUCCAGAUGGAUACUUUGAAAGGAAACGACGUGAGAGGAUACAUUUAGACAGAAGCGGGAAGGAAAUCCCAGUAAAGUAUGGAAAGCAAAAUGAUGGGCAAUUAGAAGGUCAGAGUCACACAAUCCAGAAAAGAUCCGAUACAGGGAUGGGAUUCCAAAACAGGAGUGAAGUCAAAAAAUUAGACCCAGUCGAAAGGAGGCCAACAGGUGAUGAAGAUAGAGAAGGUUUCACCACCGCAUCUGUAAAAAGCACCGAGGGAAUUUCAUUCGCUAGAAGAAUCCCGAUCCGGCAAGAUGGAAAAUCCAAGAUGGCUGAAAGAGAGGCCGGCGCCGUUUCGGACAGAGGGACCGAAUGGGAGCUUUUGUCCCAUCACACGGAAGAACUCAUCAGCAAAAUCGAAAAAAUCAUCGACGAACCGCCUUACAGGAAUGAAGCCUAUGAAGUCGCCCCCAGAUCUCCAAAAAUGGGGAACUCUCCAGGUCCCUUAGAAAUCCAGAUCCCAAGGACCGUGUUUUAUGUCGCGGAGGAGAUGGCCAGAAAAAAAAAGGAAGGGAAAGACUCCGAAGAAGGAGUGGAGAGGAGGGAUAGUUGGAGGCUCGGAAAACCCGUCAGCCGCAUCGAGUCCUUGCGUGAGAAAAUAAGACAAAAAGAGCAAGGACAAAAUGGAGGUGAAAGUACCUGUGAGGAACCAGAAAAAGACAAAGAACACAAGAGGAUGACUGAAGCAGACACAUCGGUUCAGACAUCCGGGUCUGCCUUUGACAUCACGCAGGAAGUCGACGUGUUGAAAAACUGCCCUCAUCUUCCUGUUUCUGUUCUAGACUCACCCACAGCCGCUGAAGAGGAAGUCAGUAGCGGCUUCGAAAACGCUCCGUCCGAAGACCAAUGUCUUCAAAAAUCCGAUACUUUAAAAGAUGCGGACCGACAAGUGACCCGACAAAAAAGCCGACGCCCGAGCCAGGAAGGAAAACAAGAGGACACAAAGGACAGUGACGUAAAGGUCAACGCAUCAUCCAUCGAGCCUGGGCAAGCUCCUUCACCUUCACCGCCUCAUCCCAACUCCUUAGCAGAAAUGAGCCGGAUCUACAACUUGGAAACGGUUGGUUCCAGAUCAGGCUUGUGUUUAAAAGAAAGAAACGUGGACGUGUCAUCGGUACAUCUCAUCAAGGUGAAGCCCCUCAUCGAUACACACAAAGGAGAUGGUCAAGGUGAAGACGCCUGUGGACUUAAAACCAUCCAACUUCAAUUUGAGCAGUUUCAACUUAAAGAGCAGGAAGUGCUGACGUCUCAACAUGUUUCCUCAAACUCUCCGUGUAAGGACAAAGAGGUCAAAGGAUUCAGAAAGCAUCAGACUGGUGAGAUGGUUAAAGAAACAUCAGAAAUAAACCCCAAAGUGUGUCUCAGACGUGUUGGAGCUUCUCCAACAUCUCAACUCAAACAACCCAACCCGAUUAAUAGCUCAUACCACAAGAGCCAAUCCCAGGAUAAAUCCGCAAAAGCCUCCGACGGUGCUCCAACUCCAGCUUCCUCGCCAUGUUCCACAUCUCCAGCCGCCUCUCCGGCACCAUCACCGACAUUCUUUACCAUUCGCAGUGCCUCGAAGCGAGGAGCCACCAUUACAAUCACCCCGAACAAAAACACAGGAACAGCAAAAACAACCGAUACUAAAAUCCCCCAGCCCACCCAACAAACCCAAACGGUAUCGACUGAGUCCACAAAGAAAAAAUAUCCAGCGGUGGAGGAAAUCGAAGUGAUUGGCGGAUAUCAAAACCUGGAGAAGUCAUGUCUCGUUCGGAGCAAAGGGACACCUAAAAGGGGGAAGGUGUGUUUUGAUGAGGACAGGCUAGAGCAAGUGUGUGAGUACCCUUCUGAGACCUCCAUGAUGGUAUCCACCCCUUACCCUCAUGAAACGGGGAGGACCGAGACACCACAGGGAGAGGAACCCCAGGAGGACGAAGGAGAAGUGGAUGGAGAUGUCAUGUCUAAGGGCCCAAGGAAUUUGGGGACUGCAUUUGGACGGAGUCUAAGAGUGGAUGAGUCGUGCCCUCGGUAAAUGCCUGGCCCAAAAAAAAGCCCGUGCGAUGCAAUCAGGUGUUUUCAUGAGGUUUUGGAAUGUUUCAAUAGAUGUGUUGGAAUGAGUAUUCUCCGUUGUACA